AUCCAAAGAUGGAUUAGUUAGCCAAAACCACUAAAUUGGACUUAAAAAAAACCCUUCAAAAGGAACUGCAAUAAUGACAAUCCACUCUACAAUUGCAGAUUCUAAAUUCCUGAAACGAAUCCCACACAACAUCGAUCCGAUCAAUACAGAUAGAUAUUAGGUAUUAUGCUCUCAAAGAUCAUAUUCUGCACUGCAGUUUUCUUGGCUGCCAUUGCAGUACUCCUCCUAGCACUCUUCUCACCAAUCCCACACAAAAACAACCACCCCUCAAACUCAAACUCCCCUAUGCUCGCCCUCUCCCUUUACAUCCAACAACCCAAUAUUUCCUACACGGCCGCGCCUGCCGCAAGCGCCGCCGCCGCCGGGGCCUUGAUUUUCCACCGCAUCCUCACCGAGGGGCCGGAGAACACCUCCCGAGUGGUCGGAAAAGCGCAGGGCUUCAUCGUCCCGCUAGAGCGGUUCGCGCACUCCGCCUUUAACAUCAUAUAUCUCACCGUCCACACCGGCCAAUUCUCCGGCAGCCUCAGCAUCCAGGCCGAGAAUUUGGAACACAAAGAUAAAGAGGAGGAGAAGCUUAGCGUUGUGGGUGGGACUGGGUCGUUCGCGUUUGCUCGUGGCCUUGCGGUUUUUGCACAGACUGAUGAGUUGCAUGCAACUUUUCACGUGAAAUUGCAUCUGGAAUUCCCAAAUACAAUUCCCAGAUAGAUUGAAUUGAUUUAUUU